UUUUUUUCUUUUUCUUUUUCCUGUAAACAAACAAAAUCGAUUAUACCAAAUGUAUUCCUCUCGAAAACCAGAACCAUACAUCAAAACCAUUUGUAAAGAAUGUAAUAAUCCACUAGAGUUUUUACCUGCUUCUGGUUUAAAAAAUGAGAAUGUCGAAGUUCAAUGUUGGUCAUGUCAGGCCAUUUGCACUUAUGAAAUUGAUGCCACAGGCACCAAAAUUAAAACAAAUACCGCAAAAUCUACCUCUAAAUGGUCUAGAAAGCGUGGAACAGAUGAGAAUCCUGUAUCAACCGAAUAUUAUGAUAUCCUUGGUAUCUCACCUUCUGCAACUCAAAACGAUAUAAAGAAAGCUUAUAGAAAAUUGGCUAUUAAAUACCAUCCCGAUAAAAAUCUUGAUAACCCAAAUGCAGAGGAAAAGUUUAAAAAAAUAUCUGAAGCAUACCAGGUUUUAUCAGAUCCAGCAUUAAGAAAAAGAUAUAAUGAAUUUGGAGAAGAAAAUGGUAUAAGGCCUGAUGGAGGAUUUGUUGAUCCUGAGGAAUUCUUUAAACAAUCAUUCGGGGGUGAUCGCUUCGUAGAUAUAAUUGGCGAAAUAUCGAUUGGAAAAGAUAUGAGAGAAGCAUUGGAAGCUUAUGAAAAAGAGCAAGAGGAAGAAGGUAUAGAUCCAAAAUCACUAACACCUGAGCAGAAAAUAGAGCGUGAGGAAAGGAAACGUAAUUUAGAAAAGGCUCGUGCUGAAGCAAGAGAAAAAAGAGUGGCGACAUUAGCGACAAAACUAAUUAAUAAACUUAGUCUUUAUACUGAACUGAAUGAUAUAUCGGAGGAAGCUCGUACAGCUGCAUUUACAAAUAUUAUUCAAAUUGAAACAGAAGAUUUAAAACAUGAAAGCCAUGGCAUUGAGCUAUUACAUGCUAUUGGCUAUACUUAUACAACAAAGGCAAAUCAGUAUAUAAAUAAAGGGUUUGCAUUUGGUUUAGGAGGAAUGUUUCAUUCUAUGAAGGAAAAAGGUUAUAUAUUUAGUGAAACUGUGGGUACGCUAAGAUCUGCUCUUGAUCUUCAAUCAAGUUAUUCUGAAUUACAAAAAGCAGAGGAGAAAGGAACUUUGGCAGAGGAAGAGCGUAUUAAGCUAGAAACUGAAGCAGCAACAAAGGGCUUACAAGCUAUUUGGCGAGGUUCAAAAUUAGAGGUAGAAAGUGUAUUAAGAGAAGUAUGUGAUCAAGUGUUAUCUGAUCCUUCUGUUCCUAAGCAUACAUUGAAAAGCAGAGCAGUGGGUUUAAAGAUUAUUGGUAAUAUUUAUAUGAAAGUGAAAUCCGAUGUUACUCCACCAGAUGUGCCGAUUCCAGAUCCUUCUCCUAGUUCAUCUAAAUCAGUAUACAACUAAAAUACAAUACUAAUGAUAUGUGGUAGGAUGGUGAUAAGAUUAGGAGAGCAAGUCAUCACUAUGUAAUUAUAUAAAGAUUGAUGCUUUGUGGAUCCUGAUAUUAGUAGUAGAUAGUGAACUUGGUUUCUUGUCCCCCUUUUGGGAUACGACAAGGAAUAUGAUAAUUAUUAUUUUUAUUUCAAAAAUAAAAAAAAAAUCAGGCCUUUUUAAUCCCCAAUUAAUCAUAAUCAAAGAUUUUUAC